CCUGGCAGGCAGAGAACAUGGCGCUGCCCCCGGCUGCCGCGCCCCCCGAGGCUAGCGAGCCUCUCGGCAAGGCUCUAUCGGUGCUGCGGCCGGAGCCGGGCGGCGUCCCGCUGCACUCGCCCUGGACCUUCUGGCUGGACAGAUCACUCCCUGGUGCCACAGCAGCUGAGUGUGCCUCGAAUCUGAAGAAAAUCUACACAGUACAAACAGUGCAGAUAUUCUGGAGCGUGUACAAUAACAUCCCUCCUGUGACCAGCCUGCCUUUGAGAUGCAGUUAUCACUUAAUGAGAGGAGAGAGGCGACCACUUUGGGAGGAGGAGAGUAAUGCAAAGGGUGGUGUGUGGAAGAUGAAAGUUCCCAAGGACAGCACGUCUACAGUUUGGAAAGAAUUGUUGUUGGCGACCAUUGGGGAGCAAUUCACAGACUGUGCCGCAGCAGAUGACGAGAUUAUAGGAGUCAGCGUGAGUGUUCGGGACCGCGAGGAUGUCGUCCAGGUCUGGAAUGUCAACGCCUCACUAGUGGGCGAAGCUACUGUGCUAGAGAAGAUCCACCAGCUCCUGCCCCACAUAUCUUUUAAAGCAGUGUUUUAUAAACCCCAUGAAGAGCAUCAUGCUUUUGAAGGUGGACGUGGAAAACACUAAUUGCACUCUGUAAAGAAUUCUUUGUCCUUUGCUGAUUGGUUUUGGAAACGGUCUUAACAGGAGGGAGAGUGAAGAGAAGACUUGCCGAAGCCCGAUGCUGGUCCAUUUAGAGUGGGUUUCUGUCCUUGCAGUCUGGGCGAUUAGGACUCAAAGUGGCAGGUGGGGUUGGGGGAGAAUGUGUGGGUUUCUGCCAUCGUAUCACUUGCUUUAAAAAGAAAGAAAGAAAGGAAGAAAGGAAGGAAGGAAGAAAGACAGAAAGAAAGAAAAAGAAAGAAAGAAAGAAAGAAAGAAAGAAAGAAAGAAAGAGAAAGAAAGAAAGAAUUUUUUUUUUAAAGCUUUCCAAAUUCUCUGAGUUUUUUUGCACUCUUCCCCCUCCCCAUAAGAUUCCUUAUUCAGGGUAAUUAUUGUUUUCUGCACACCCUUUCAUUGAGGCAUAAGAAUUGGGUUUCCCCUUCAGUGACUCUACUGUACCUUGUUAAGGAACAUCUGCAUAAUCGCCACAGGACUGCCUGUGAAGCCAUGGGGCACUGGGAGGAAGCCUAGCCUAGCAACACCCCUUUUCUGAUAAGUUGUUGUGACACUUCCCUGCAUACUGUGAGCUGGGCAUUGUUUCUUUUGUGUGUGUUCCAUAGAAAGCAUACUCAUUGACAGCACACACAUCUUAAAACCCCUUUAAAAAGCAGUAUAAGGAAAAGAAAUUGUUGGUUUGUCUAACAUGAAAACUUUCAUCACAAUUGGGGGUCAAGCUCCAAAUCAAACUCUAGGCUUUUGGGGCUCACGGUGCAAGUAUUUCUAACCAGAAUCCCAUAUCUGACCUUUUCAACAAAAGCCCCAUGAUUUGUCUUGAGAGGAAACCUUAUAUUUCUGAUUUAUAGGGGAGGCAAUGCAUAUAGCUUGUACAGCAUAGAGCUUCUUCCAAGUUGCAGCAUGUUUACCCAAACCAAUUCUCACAUCUUUUAAGUGAGCCCUCUGUCCUGCUCCUGUCACGUGUCCGUUCUGAAAACCAAUGGCCUUCCAGCAUAGGUGUCUUUCCCCUUCAUCUGCACAUUUUGCAGGAAGCACCUAGCCAUUCACACAGAUGCCCUUAAGUGCAUCUAUUCCUAUGGACUGUGUUAUUAGAUAUUGGAUUAUAUUACCAAAGAGAUAUUGGUUUCAGUAGAAGAAGAAAACCUUUCAGAGUAUCACCGCUCCUCCCAGACAUUCCUGAUUCCCUCUCAGCUUUACCCCACUCCCUGGGAAUUUUCCUUCAGAAAGGGCUGCUCUCCUGUUGGCUUGGAUUUAGAGCCCCAGACCAGUGUGCAGCUUCUAUACAUCUCAAAAGGGCGAAUUUUUAAUUCCCCCUGCACUGUGGGAAGGAGAGGUGGGGUUACUCAAAGCCUUCUGCAUGCAUUUGUAACUAAAAUUCCCCCUUCAGAUAUUUCAGAUGGCUCUCAGUAGCAUCUGUUUAUAGAAGUCAUGGCCUCCACUUGCAUUGCUAAACACACACAGCCAAAAUAAUUAGCGGUCAGAAUUCAAGAGGUACUUCUUUUCCAAGCUUAGUCCAUUAACAGUUUCACUCAUAAGGGUGUUGGAUCCUUCUAGAAAAAUCCCAGGAAGUGUUUGUCUAAAUGACGUGCAUUUCUCUGAACAGUUUCUAAACUUAUUUUAAAACUAUAACUCAAGGAUUUAAAAACUUAUUCUAGACAUGAAAUUCCUUUUUAUAAUAUAAGUAUUUUUCUGAUGGAUUAGCACAAAGGAUAUAAUUGACUUCAAUAUUAUAAUUGUCAUAUAUAUAUAUAUAUAUAUAUUUCCAUAAGUAAAUAAAUUUUGAGAAAUUUUUAUUUUUGAACUUUAUUUAAAGCAUUUGUGAUAACAUGUUCAAUUUUUGCAUGUAUGUAGCUUUUGAAGUAAAAAUAAAGUAAAAUAAAUAGGAAUGUUAGGCUCAUGUUAAUGCUUUCGAGUUUCUAUUGUUUAUAAACACAA